UGCACGUGUAGGUACAUUGUCACGGCUGUCAUCUGUCAAGACGAUUGCUGCUGUUCGACCUCUGCCUUCUCUAUUCGCUACUUUAUACAUGACAAUACCCUGGUUUAUCAGGGAACACUGAUAAAAACUAUCAUUUUGGAUAAAUCAAUUUUAUUAUGCGGAAAUAUUAAACUGUAGCUCAUAAAGGCUUGAAGGUUAUGAAGUGGUUUUUCAUUCAAUUGUUCUCAGGUGAUUGGAGUGAAUACCAGUAUUUUAGUUAGUUAGCAUAUGUUAGGAUCUUGAUAUAAUUAAUAUUUUGGGAGAAAUUUAAAAAAAAUGGAUAAGAUAAAAACUGGAAAGUUUCAGGUGGAAAAUGUGAGAAUGGUGGAUAGGUACAGUAAUAAUCAUUUGGUUGGUACUCUGUAUCUCACUGCAACUCACUUUAUUUUCACGGAUCCGGCUGGAAAAAAACAGAUUUGGGUUUUAAAUACCCAUAUAGCGUCCAUUGAGAAACAACCCCUUACUACUGCAGGAUCUCCGCUCCACAUUCGCUGCAAGCACUUCCUAACAAUAAUCUUCAUAAUAACGAAAGAGCGUGACUGCCAUGACAUAUACAUCACUCUCACACGUCUCUCCUCUCCUUCAAAAAUCGAGGAUCUCUACUGCUUCACCGCCCACCGAGCUCGCAACUCCCGAAGCAAAUCUGAUGGUUGGAGCCUUUUCGACAUCCAGUCUGAGUACCAACGCCAAGGCCUUCCCAACGGCGAGUGGGCACUCUCCUAUCUAAACUCAAACUACCAACUUUGUGAUACUUAUCCUCAUUACAUCUACGUUCCCUCAACCUGUACAAAUAAUAUUUUAUUAGGCUCAGCAAAGUUCAGAAGCAAAGGAAGACUCCCAGUGUUGACUUACCUUCACUCUAACAAAGCGGCAAUCUGUCGUUGUAGCCAGCCUCUCUCAGGCUUCAACGCUCGAUGCCCAGAGGAUGAGCAAAUGCUCUAUCACAUCUCCUGCACAAAUUCCACUUCAAAAUUUAUGUACGUAGUGGACACAAGGCCCAGGAUAAAUGCAAUGGCUAAUAGAGCAGCAGGGAAAGGUUACGAAAACGAAAAUUUCUACGACAACAUCAAAUUUCGAUUCUUCGGUAUAGAGAACAUUCAUGUUAUGAGAACCAGCUUAGCGAAAUUAAUGGAACUCCAGAGAACAACAUCAAUGUCUGCAUUUUUGAGUGGAUUGGAGAACAGUGGAUGGCUCAAACAUAUCAGAUCAAUUUUAGAAACAGGCUGGUUUAUUGCAAAAGCCAUUUCGAAUGGAAUUACUGUGGUGGUUCACUGUAGUGAUGGUUGGGAUAGAACCGCUCAAGUCUGUUCCAUUGCUGCGCUACUCCUAGACCCUUUCUACAGGACUAUCCAAGGUUUUCAGGCGCUAGUCGAAAAGGACUGGCUUGCAUUUGGUCAUAAGUUUACUGAUAGAUGUGGACAUAUAACGGGAGAUCCUAAAGAAUUAGCUCCUAUUUUUACACAGUUCAUUGAUGCAACUUAUCAGCUUUAUCGACAAUAUCCUUACAUGUUCCAGUUUAAUGAGUAUUUUCUGUUGACUCUGCAUGAUAACGUGCACAGUUGCGAGCACGGGACCUUCGUAGGGAAUAGUGAAAGGGAGAGAUGUAUACUUAAAUUGUCUGAGAGGACCAAAUCACUCUGGGGAGACAUUGCCACGCAAAUACAUGAGUUUAUUAAUCCUCUUUACGCUUGCAAUAAGUACAAAGAUGAGUGUAAUAAGGUGCUUGAACCGAAUUUAUCACCACAGUCUAUUGAACUUUGGAGGGGCAUGUAUUUCAGAUUUGAAAAUGGGAUACAUGCGAGGGAGACUGGUGAAGAUUUUUUGUUGACUGUUUAUAAUCACACGUCGAGUUUAGAGGAUCAUGUGAAGUAUCUUAUUAAGAGGAUCAAUGGACUUGGCAUGAGUAAGAGUGCAAAGCAUAAUUCUGAAUCAAAGUGCAAUUACGAUAAGGAUAAGUUUAGUUUAGAGGGGGAUAGGGUCAUUGUAGACAAGGAGUUGAGUCAAGUAGAAUUGGAGAAAAUCAAGGUUACAUUGGAGGAGAUUGAGGCUGAGAUGAAGACUGUUGCUGUCGAGUGGAAAUCUAGCAGUAAGGUGGAGCAGUGCACGUGUCCUAUUACUUUUGAUGCUUUCACAAAAAAGAAUCACUGUUGGUCAUGCGGAAAUGUGUUCUGCAUUCGUUGUAUGUCAGACAAAGAUACAUUUACAUCUUUACCGGGGCAUUCGUCUCAACGUGCUGUACCAAUGUGCAAAACGUGCUCCCAGUCUUCACCCCAUGGUCCUUCUUGAAGAAUUUACGCAUUUAUUAGAAAACCGUCAAUGUCUGAAGACAACAGAAGACCGAGGUUUUAAUUCCUCAUUCGCACGUGCAAAACCUAUUACGACUACUUCAGAAAACUUGUAUAAUAAAGAAUUUCAUCUGAAUACAGCAUUUCUUGUUGAUAGAAUUUAAUCGCCUUUAUACAGAAUAAAAUAUGGGCGUGUACAUAUUCUAUAAUUUCUGGAAUAUAUAACUCGCAAAACUUUUAGUGUUAUUCUCGUA